AUGUUGAGGAUCCUCACACGGAUUGUUCUAUCUGGUGAAAAUCAGAGAAAACUUAAAUCUGUGGCUUGGAACAAGAACCUCUGUUCUGAAGCCUCAGUUUCUGCUGACUUUUUUCUCAAGCCCAUUAUGGAAAACCAACUGUACCGGCCCCCUCCUGAGGUCCGGGGUAUGACCUCUCUUGAUAAAGAUGCCUUCACUCAGACCAUCACAGUCCCAGCUCUACGGGUACCCACUGGGGUCUUAAACAAAGUAAUGAAGAGUCUAAAAAAAUCCACCAUCCAGCGCCCCGGUAUGCCCAGAGUGAUUCAGGACAAAGAGGAGAGUAGCGGCAUGCGGGUGGUCCUGUUGGACCCCCACAGAGUGUCGUCACCGAGCUCCUUCAGUGAGGCUGAGGCCGAGGCGCUCAGGGCAUUUGGCGUUGCUGCGGAGCUCCACAGCCACGAGUUGAAGCUUACCUACGAAAACCUGAAGUGUGACGAAGUGCUGGAGGCAGUGCUCCCUCAGGGUCAGGACGUGACGUCGGGCUUCAGCCGAGUGGGACACAUCGCGCACAUGAACCUGAGAGAUCACCAGCUCCCAUUUAAGAACCUCAUAGGUCAGGUGAUCAUGGACAAAAAUCCUGGCGUCACCUGUGUCGUCAACAAGACAAACAUAAUUGACUCAACCUAUCGCAACUUCAAGAUGGAGGUGCUGGCCGGGGAGGAGAACAUGGUCGCCAAAGUGAAAGAAAACGGGGUGACGUAUGAGUUUGACUUUUCCCGUGUUUACUGGAACCCUCGGCUGAGCACGGAGCACCAGCGGGUGGUGGAGCGCGUUGAACGCGGGGACGCCGUGUUCGACGUGUUCGCUGGCGUGGGACCCUUUGCCAUCCCGGCGGCCCGCUUGGCUGCCACCGUCUGGGCCAACGACCUCAACCCGGACUCUUACACAUGGCUGCAGCACAACUGCAAACUCAACAAGAUGGAAAGCAGAACCAAGACCUUCAAUCUGGAUGGCAGAGCUUUCAUCCGGGGACCUUUAAGGCAGGAGCUGCCCGCUCUGCUGCUGGGGGAGGCCCGCGUCCAUGUGGUGAUGAACCUCCCUGCGAUGGCCUUGGAGUUCCUGGAUGCUUUUCGAGGUCUUCUGAAGACAGAAACUCCCUGUUACCAGAACCUCCCCACAGUGUAUUGCUACGGCUUCUCCAAAGACGACAACCCCGAGCAGGACGUGGUGGACAGGGCUUCCCGCAGCCUGGGCUUCACCCUGAAGAACAAUUACUUUGUGUAUUCCGUGCGUAACGUCGCACCCAACAAAGAUAUGAUGUGUGUCAGAUUCACGCUUCCUAAAGAGGUCCUUUUCUGCUCCGACGAUGAGCUCACAGAGCCUUCUGAGGAGCCCGCCCCAAAGAAACAGAAGUGUGAGGAAACUGCACAAUAG